AUGCCUCAUCCGCUCUAUAUCGACAACUGCCCGAAUGCUUGGCUGGUUGUCAUUCCGCUCGCCAUCUCCUUCAUGGGAUGGCAAGGCUCUGGUGGAUCUUCGGUCGCAACAAGCACAAUCAACAUCUGGUUCGGCGGCGUGCUCCUCUUCAUCGCUGGCAUUGGCGAGUUCCUGCUCGGCAACACAUUUCCCAUGAUGGUCUUUGCCUACGGAGCUUACUUCUUGUCCUACGCCACCACUGUCGUUCCUGGGUACAACGCCAUUGGUUACUUCAACCCUGAUGGUUCCGGCGCUGGCAGCCCAGUCCCUCAAAACCAGACUGCGAUGUUCGCUGCAAGCUAUGCCUUCUAUCCAGUGGUUAUGUGCAUCCUAUCGUUCAUCUUCCUGCUGGGAUCGCUCAGCACGAACCUCGUCUUCGUCAUCAUCUUCAUCUUUGCAACCAUCAGCUUCGGUCUCGGUGCUGGUGCAUUCUUCUACCUCUCGCGUGGCAACAUCGUUGUCGGCACACGGUUGGCGAAGGGGCUGGGAGCCUGCUUCUUCGCAACGAGAGUCUUAGGGUUCUACUUCUUAUUGGAACUCGUCGUUGCUAUCAUGGAGCUGCCCAUUUCCGACAUUCCCGUUGGCGACAUGAGCACCGUCAUCAAGGCGAAGCCUAGGGGUGUUGUCAAGGAGGAAAGGGUCUGGAGCGAAAUAUGGAGCUGA